AUGAUGAACCGAUUCCGCAAGAAUAAGAAGGCCAAGGAGCCAGAUAAUGCCGAAGAUGCAUCUACAUUCACUUUAAAGCCCAAGAAGAAGGAGGAGAGCCCCGAACCAGCACCCGCUCUCGAUUUCGACCUCUCCGCUGCACUCCCCUCCUCAGAUAACUUCCGCACCAGUCUGUUGAUGCCCAAAUUAUCGGCUCGAUUUAGUAUGUUAAAGGAACAGGACGACCCAUUAUCAUUGAUGGGAAAGGCCAGCGAUGAUAGUGUCCUGUUCCCCAAGCGAGCCUCGCGACUCAACCUUUUCGGACACAACCCGGCCAUGCUGGCGGACAUUGAGGAAACCUCCUCCAAUGAUGGCAGCAGACCUUCCUUUGGACUCGGCCGAACAGAUUCAUUUGCCUCCGGCGGAGAGGGUUACGGUACCGACGACGAUCGAUCCCAGGGAGGAAGCAUAAUGAGUCGCGCGCGCCGAGUGGAGGGUAAUAAUUUGUUUGGAGGUCGCCAGAAGAUUUACAAGAUUCCCGUCAGACCCGGUGAUGGAUCACCCGAUACAGAGUCCGGUCGCCGAGGAAUGGGAAAGGCCGUUUAUGAACAUGAUAUCAAUAUGUCGGCCUUCCAGCGAUUGCGCCUGAAGGAGAAGGAAGAGAGGGCAGAAGCCGCCGCCAGAGAAUCGGGAUAUGCAGCUUCGACAGCUUCAUCUAAUAUUAGCAAGGGCACUUAUUCGUCCGGCACGUCGGGUCCUCCGACAACGAGCAGCCUAUCAACUGCGCCCACUUCGGUGGAUGACUCUCCCUUGCAUACAUCCCAAGGGGCUGCGAAUGGUUAUCCGUUCCCAGAGACUCAACCUGAAGCGCAUCGCCCAGGAUCUGCCAUGUCUGGUCCGCGCAAUGGCUCAAUUCGCAGCCGCCGUCUCUAUGGACAAGGAUUGACUCAAUCUGCCCAGAACCAGCAAUCCUCGACCUUGCAUCGCUUGGAGAGUUUGAGCCGCCAACGCGCCGGCACUCCAGACCUUCCCUCCUUGAACCGAAACUACUCCCGGAGCGCGACCAACUUGCGUGACCGUCUGCAAAAACUUGCCAUCGUUGAGCCGGCCUCAACAGCAGGUCCCACCAGUCCUCCUUCGUCCGCUACGUCGCCAAAGCCCCGUGUGUCCGGCGAGUCUGCAUUCAGAGACCGUCUCUCCCCUACUGCAGCUACCUUCGGAGCUACGCCCCCUCUGAGCCCGCCUACUAGUGAGAACGAUGAGGUGAACUCUUUGUUGGCAGCAUCGAUCCACCCAGAAGACCACGGCAAGGCGACCGCCAUGGGCCUAUUCAACCGACCCGCAACCGGAUUCGAUGAGCAAGCGUUCUCUCGACGCCAACUCGAGAUGCACCAGGGCAGAGAGACCCCUCCGCCCCGUCGUUCAUCUCCCCCGCGUCGACCUCUUCCAACAGAGCCCGCGGUUCGUGCUAGAGGACUCUCAAAGUCGAGCUAUCGCUCCCGGGCAGAGUCCGCGUCAUCUCACUACAGCAGCGAUGCCCACCGUGGCGGCAACCGUUCUCGCGCCUCCAGUAUUGAGGCUUCUCCCUUCAGACCUGGAGUGACCAGCUUCUAUGCUGCCUCAACCAACAGUGAGUCUGGCGAUGAGGGAGAACAGCGCGAAUUCUCGUCUGCCACAUCGCUGGCUACCGAAAAGGGCCAAUCGCUUCACAACCAUGGAGUAGCAUCAAACAAGCCCUCCACUCCGUCCAAGGAGCAGCUCGAGCCGUUGCCGGAGGUGAGAUACUCGGAUCUCGGUGAUCUGAAGCCCAUCGACGAGAACGAGCUUGAUCUCGCUUCUUCGCAUGCCAUCCCUGAUGAUACGCCCAAGAGACCCGACUCUCCAACUCUGAACCUUGACCAGGGCCUCGGUGGUAUGGGCGGACUGGUUCGAUCCCACCUGCGUCAGCAGAGUGACAAGUCUUCCAUAUUUUCUCCCCCAUUCCCUCGUCUUCCACAGCACAAGGAUGCGCCCAUCCCCACCAUUGAGACCGACUCGCGAUCACACUCAAACUUCAACCCAUCCGAGGCACAGUUCCGUGAAGAAGUCAGGCCGGCUUCGUCUCAUCGCCCCGGCACUUCCAGCUCGCACGCUCCUUCGGGACAUUCUGCAGAGCGUUCUCGAUCAAGUGAAGAUUCGUCUGCUCCGGGGACCAUUGCCGACAAUGGUUCCAUCUCUAACGGCUCGUCGUGGAGGGAGGAGCUUGAGAACCACCAUCGCCGCCAAGGCAGCACUGAGACUCAGCGGGAGCGCGAGGAGUUCGCCAUCGAGUUGGCUGAAAGACGUCGUAAAGUGCAGGAAAAGCUGCGCAGUGUUGCCGAGAGCGAGAGUCGCUCUGGUAGCCCAACUCCUGGUAGAUCUACUCCUGACUUCCUUCGGACCGGCAAUGCAUUCGCUAUGCUGAAGCAAAAGUCUACUAAGCUAGCCGCCGCGAAGCAAGACCACAGGAAGAUCUUUGGCUAUGGAGCUGACAACUCGUCUACCCCUGCCCUCCCUUCGGACGACUCAUGGCGCGAGGAAGAGCGCCCCUCUUUCGGAUUUGGUCGGCACUCAAACUCGAGCUCUCCCCAUGUUGGAUCUGAGCGCUCUCUGAGAUCCCGUAUGCCGUCUCUGAGCCGGAACAACAGCCACGAAGACUCCCGCGAAUCCAGCCGCAGCCGUACCAGCUCACCCUUCCGAUCUCAAAGAGAUCGCGCUGGAUCUGAUGCAUCUGGUCGCUCCAAGAGUCGAACCAGACUUCGCGAGCGUGAUGAUCUUCAAACCGUGGACGAAGGUUCCGUCUCUGCGCAUGGCAGGUUUGUUCUCGAGGGCUCGGAGCCACCAAUGCCAAUCUCGCGCCCUGGCUCUACUCGCCCCUCGGCUGAGAUCGAGCCUUUGAACUUCGACCGUGCUCCUUCGACCUCCUCGGGCAGACACCGUAGCACCAGCCGAUCCGGAACUCCGAGCUUCCAUUACGAACGACCAUACCAGUUCUCGCAGUCCAACACACCUUCCAUCAUCGGUGCUUCUCCACGGCCACCCCCAGCUGCUCCAGCCUACGUCGCCAACGCCACUCCUCCUCUGAACGACGCAGCUCCGGACGCCUCGUCCACAUCUCUCGUUUCAGUCGCCAGCAACGCUUCGACAAUCCCUCAGCGUGGCCCAGGAUCUGGCUCCCUUCUCAAGCGACCCGUGAACAAGAAACAGAUCUCCGAGCCGACUUUCGUCUCAUCAACCUCCAACGUCCCUCUCGUCGGCCUCCCACCCGGAACCAACCAAUCAUCCGGUUCCGCGCCCCCUCUUCCGCCUAUGAACCCCCGCCGUCGUCGCGGAACCGCUACUCAAACCAUCUUGAGCGCGUUCAAGCACGAAAGACCUGAUUCCCGUGCCGCAUCCCCCGUGCCUCAGAUGCCCGACGAUCAACCAAUCUACCCGGGCGAGGACUCACGUCCUCAAUCCCGUAACCGUCUUCGCAAAAUGUCAAGCGAAGGCGCUAGCCUGCACGCGCGGGCGCGUCAGGAAUCCAUGAAUACCGCCCAGCCGGCUAUUCCUCACUACCCGCCUCCUUCCAUCCCUGCCGAUGGGGGCAUGUUCUAA